AUGACUCUCCUCAUCGUUAAAACCGUUGAAUGCGAUCCAGAGACGAGCUAUGCAUCACCGGAAACCCUUUCGCUGGGGAGAACACACAUCAAGGGUAGAAAAACAUGGUCCAUGUUGGAUCUUGAAUCAAUAGACUAUCAAGCAGUCUCGCUAUCGACGUUCAAAGGGGCACGCUUCCUUGCGUUUCUUUUCGGGGUGGACCCAUGUUUAGAAUGUCGGCCUAUGAUGCGGAAAAUCGCAAAAGUGGUCAACGUGGUCUGCUUGUGCUUAGUGGUCGUCGUGUUGGGUGCCUACAUUAGAAUGUUGAUGACGGUUCAAGGCAUGAUGGGAUUAGGCCAGCUCGCCUUGGUGCUUUAUAUCCUGACGACGUCGAUAUUCCUCCUCGUUCUGCACUUUUUAACCCGAGGGCAAAAGCCGAAUGAUCUUUCUACCUUGGCAGCAAGAUCCGGCCUUCUCGCACCCGUACGGCGGCAUGAGGAAACAUUGGUGUUUGCAAUAUUCCUGGGUGCGUUUUUGGGGACGACGAUAUCAUGGUAUGUCCCGGUGGGGAUCCAGCUAGAUGACGAGAAUGCAGCUCUUUGGCCAAUGAUCUGGAUAUGGAGCCCUUCUGACAUUUACAAGUACAUUCAUCAUGGCGGCGUCAGGUUCCUUUAUACUUUCCUGCACAUUGUUGGUGUGACCGUUUACGAUGGAGCAACCUAUGCAUUCCUCUUUCGUGUUUACAUUAUGUGCAAAGGACUCUGUUACCAAUGGCAAACGCUUCGCCGCGAUGUGCCUUUGACGACCCCGCAAGAUGUCGAGGAGUUUAUGACGUACUUUCGAAAAGCCGAUACUCAGUUGCGCAAGUUUUGUGCCGCCAAUGCACUUGCGAUUGCAAUUUUUGGAAUCGUCCAUGCGAUUAAUUUGGGCGAUGGCAUCUUGCUGGUGUUUACUAGCUCGAAUUGGAACUUGCCGUCAUUCCUUGUCCCCACAAUGAUUUUGCACGCCUUUGCAACGUCCUUGUUCUCUCUUGUUAUUGUCGUAUACAGUUUAGCCAGUGUCACAGACGAAGUCCGCCGUACAAUCAUUCUCCUGUCCGACUGCCUUUGUCGUUUCAGAGAUACACCAUCAGAGAUGGACACGGCGGCGAGAGUGCAUCGCUUUUUAUGUCACUUGGACCGGUCGCCAAAGGGAUUCCAACUAUAUGGUUUUGUUGUGGAGAUGAAGCUCUUACUGCAGGGUAUCACCGCUGCUAUAUAUGCGGGUUCAAUGUGGGGAUUCAAAAGGGUUAUCUCAUAGCAACACAUGUUGUGGUAUUGUCUGUUUUCUGCCAUUAACUCUGCUUCAGUAUCUGGAGGGUUGGGUCGAACGUACACUUGGGACCACAUCUGGUUCAUGAACUUGUAGAUAACAUGUAAACAUGCCGUACUUUGGACAAUUUGCUUUCAACUCUAGACGGAAUGUGUCAACUCUAGACAGAAAUUCCCGUCCUUUAUCAUAACUUGCCUUUAGCAAUAAAACCAUCUAAAAUACA